AUGGGUAUCGUCGACAAGAUCCAAGACAAGCUCUCGGGCAACAAGCACAACGAGCAUGACACUACCACCACUGGCACUCAUGUUGGCCAGGAGCCUGUGGGUGCUCACUCAGGCACCCAUACUGGUAGUCAUACCGGCACUGGGUUGACUGGCAACCCAAACACUACAACCUCUGGCCUGACGGGUGACCGCCACAGCACUGGCAGCGGCAUUGCUGGAACUCACAACACCACCACCGGAAGUCGACUUACUGGCUCGCACAACACGCCAGGUACAGGACUCACUGGCUCGCACAACACGCCAGGUAGCGGUCUCACGGGCGGCCACCACAACACCGGCAUUACCGGCGGUACAGCAGUCAGCGACGAGCACACUUACAGCCACCCUGGACACCCACAGCACGCAGACUUCGUGCCUGGUAGCCACCGAUCAGCUCAGAACCCAGCCGCGGUCCCAACAGCUGGCGGCGCGCGCGUUGGAAGCAUCCCAGGCGGCAAUGGGCCAUACGAUGACCACCACGGCACCCACGGUACUCAAGACAACCGCAGUGGCAUGGAGAAGAUCAAGGACAAGGUUGUCCCAUCCAGGGCUGAUCGUCCAGACGACCCCAUCACCGGCCAGAACUACAACCAAAACACCGCUUCUGGCGUCUCUGGCCACCACAACCAGUCUGGUUUGACCGGUUCGCACGGCACUUCUGCUGCUACUCCUCUGGCACAUGAUUCGAGCUUCAACGACCGACACACUGGAUCUGGUUUGACUGGCAACACCCAUUCCGGCACGGGUCUAACUGGCAACACUCACUCCGGCACAGGUCUGACCGGCAACACUCAUUCCGGCACAGGUCUGACUGGCAACACUCACUCCGGCACAGGUCUGACUGGCAACACGCACUCGGGCCCAGGCCUUACGGGUGCAGGUUCCGCCGGCCCAGGCAUUGCAGGCAACACUCAUUCAGGCUCUGGCUUGACCGGCAACACCCACUCCAGCCAAGGCCUUACUGGUGUAGGUCACACUGGUGAUAGCCACGUUCCAGGCACCACCCACUCCGGCCAAGGCUCGCACCUCGCCGGCAAUCAGACCCACGGCAGCGGUGUUGGCGGAACUGGCGUCGGCGGUGUUGGCCACACUGGCACUGGCGCGUACGACAACACCCCAGGCAGCGGACUUGGUGGUCACUCAACUACCCACGGUACCACUACCACAAUUAGUACCCACACCAACACAACAGCUGGCAAGCCAUCCUUGAUGGACAAGCUCAACCCAAAGAAGGAUGCCGAUCGCGAUGGCAAGACUGGCAUCAUGGAUUAA